AGUUCAGAAACAUAUCUAAGGUAAGUUUUCACUUUUGAGCAGAGAAGCCUCCGAUUCCGGCACGGUGGGCGGCAUUGCUGAUUCUCGGUGGUUCAUCUCCGUACCGACUGAACAGGCAUGUCAGAUAAAGAUGAAGAGUUGGCUAUGCCAAGGGAUGCAAAGAUUGUGAAGUGUUUGUUGAAAUCAAUGGGCGUGGGGGACUACGAACCUCCUGUUAUACACACCUUCCUUGAGUUAUGGUAUCGCUAUAUAGUUGAUGUGUUAACAGAUGCUCAAGUGUAUUCAGAGCAUGCAGGGAAGUCCGAAAUCGACUGUGAUGAUGUUAAGCUUGCUAUUCAAUCCAAGCUUAACUUCAGUUUCUCGCAACCACCUCCUCGAGAGGUUCUUCUGGAGUUGGCUAAAAACCGCAACAAGAUACCAUUGCCAAAGACUAUAGCUGGACCUGGAAUCCCGCUUCCACCUGAUCAGGACACGUUAAUCAGUCCAAAUUAUAUGUUUGGAAUUCCAAGCCAAGGGAGUGGUGAAGGUGAAGAAACAGAGGAUGAAGAAACUACUAUUCCCAACCCCUCUCAGGAAGAGAAGAUAGACAUGCAGCAGCAGGAUCCUCAUCAAAGAGUAUCAUUUCCCCUACCCAAAUGCGAAAAGGACUAUUUUUAACUCCAUCUUACACUACCUUACACGAACUUGUUUUACUACUACAGUGGUAGUAACAAAAACUAAAAAUUUUGUAGCUUGUUCAAUUUAUUCUUUUGUAACGUCCACUGGUUCUGACAUCGAAACAAACUGGUUUCGAAACGGCUCAUUGUGGUCAGAGGUUGUUUUGAACUCAUCAGCUCUCUAUGGUUGUUGGUUUGGAGCCAUGCUAAUUAAUUCUGAUAGCGUGAGAAGAUGGAAAGUGGAAGGUGGAAGAAGAGAGGAGAAAAAAUGGCCAACGGGGAAGCGUGUAGUGACAAAUGAGCAUGAGAAAAAGAGUGAAAUUCAAAAACAGAAAGAAAUGGCAAAAACGAGAGGAUUUUGAUCAAAAUGGUGACUUCAUCAAUAAAUUAUUUGAGGGGGUAGCUGAUAGCAGACAUUCUAUUUUUUGUGUUAUUGUCUUUUGGUAGAGACACUAAAUAAAAUAAAAUGAUGUCUUAUAAAAUUAUUAAAAAAAUAGCAAUUAAUAGAAUGGACGUCAAUAGGUAUUAUUUAUUGUGUAUUAGCUUUUGUUUUGAAAUAAUUAUACAGUGGAAA